AUGACGACGGUGAAGUCAUCGUCGCGGUCGCGAGCGACGGCGGCUAGUGUGAAAGAGAAUGGUGUUAAGCUUGAAGAAGGUCUUACUCCGUUCAAGUCUGAUAGAUUUGAUGCUGAGUUCUAUGUUCAGUCUAAUUCUUCUCUCAACGACAAGGAAAUUAAGCAAUUAUGCACGUAUUUAGUAGACUUGAAAAGAGCUUCUGCCGAGGAGAUGCGCAGAAGUGUCUAUGCAAACUAUGCAGCUUUUAUCCGAACUUCCAAGGAGAUAUCAGAUUUAGAAGGCGAGCUUUCAUCAAUCAGAAACCUACUAUCCACUCAAGCUACCUUGAUACAUGGUUUGGCUGAUGGAGUUCACAUUGAUCAAUUAUCGAUCUCCGAUUCUAAUGGUUUUUCUGUGAAUGGUACACUGGACUCUGAAGAUCCCGAAAUUUCAGACCUGGACAAAUGGUUAGUUGAGUUUCCUGAUCUCUUGGAUGUUCUUUUGGCUGAGAGGCGAGUGGAAGAAGCUUUGGCCGCCCUUGAUGAAGGAGAACGUGUUGUCUCUGAAGCAAAAGAGAUGAAAUCUCUCAACCCAUCUUUACUUCUGUCUCUGCAGAGUUCUAUUACCGAACGUAGGCAAAAGUUAGCUGAUCAGCUUGCUGAAGCUGCUUGUCAGCCCUCUACCCGUGGCGCUGAACUCCGCGCAUCAGUUUCUGCCCUUAAAAAACUUGGAGAUGGUCCACAUGCUCACAGCUUGCUACUCAAUGCUCAUCUGCAACGAUAUCAGUAUAACAUGCAAAGUCUCCGACCAUCAAACACUUCAUAUGGAGGAGCAUAUACUGCAGCUCUUGCACAACUGGUAUUUUCUGCAGUUGCACAAGCUGCAAGCGACUCGCUGGCUAUUUUUGGUGAGGAGCCAGCUUAUUCUUCUGAACUUGUGAUGUGGGCUACCAAGCAAACUGAGGCAUUUGCUCUUCUGGUGAAAAGGCAUGCAUUAGCUUCAUCAGCAGCUGCAGGAGGUUUAAGAGCAGCUGCAGAGUGUGUUCAAAUAGCAUUGGGCCAUUGCUCAUUGUUGGAAGCUCGUGGCCUGGCUCUCUGUCCUGUGCUUUUGAAACUUUUUAGACCUAGUGUUGAACAAGCAUUAGAUGCUAAUUUGAAGCGAAUACAAGAGAGUACUGCUGCUAUGGCUGCUGCUGAUGAUUGGGUACUCACAUAUCCUCCUAACGCUAACCGGCAGACCGGUACUACAACAGCACUUCAACACAAACUAACAAGUAGUGCCCAUCGCUUCAAUUUGAUGGUCCAGGACUUCUUUGAGGAUGUAGGACCACUGCUUAGUAUGCAGUUGGGAGGCCAAGCUCUGGAGGGGCUGUUUCAAGUAUUUAACUUUUAUAUGAACAUGCUUAUUAAAGCACUACCAGAAUCAAUGGACGAAGAAGAAAACUUUGAGGGUUCUGCAAACAAAAUUGUACGAAUGGCUGAGACUGAAGCCCAGCAGAUUGCAUUGCUUGCUAAUGCCUCAUUACUUGCUGACGAACUACUUCCACGUGCAGCCAUGAAGCUCUCCUCCCUAAACCAAGAUCCCUACAAGGAUGAUAACCGUAGAAGAACCUCAGAAAGGCAAAAUCGCCAUCCUGAACAACGGGAAUGGAGGAGACGACUUGUGGGUUCAGUUGACAAGUUGAAAGAUACAUUCUGUCGGCAACAUGCUUUGAGCCUGAUAUUCACAGAGGAAGGAGAUAGUCUUCUUACAGCUGACAUGUAUAUAAAUAUGGAAGGAAAUGCAGAUGAUGUUGAAUGGAUUCCAUCUUCGAUUUUUCAGGAACUUUUCAUAAAAUUGAACAGAAUGGCAAAUAUAGCAGCAGAUAUGUUUGUAGGGAGGGAAAGAUUUGCUACACUGCUCUUGAUGAGACUUACAGAAACUGUUAUUUUGUGGAUUUCAGAAGAUCAGAGCUUUUGGGAUGAUAUUGAGGAAGGGCCAAGGCCUUUAGGUCCUCUUGGUCUACAACAGUUUUAUUUGGAUAUGAAGUUUGUUGUGUGUUUUGCCUCCAACGGUCGGUAUUUGUCAAGGAAUUUGCAACGAAUAGUCAAUGAAAUCAUAACGAAGGCAAUGACAGCAUUUUCUGCUACAGGGUUGGAUCCAUAUGGGGAACUGCCUGAAGAUGAAUGGUUUAAUGAAAUAUGUCAAGAUGCUAUGGAAAGAUUAAGUGGAAAACCGAAGGAAAUAAACGGAGAAAGGGAACUUAGCAGCCCUACCGCAUCUGUGUCUGCACAAUCAAUUUCAUCUGUCAGGUCUCAUAAUAGUUCAUAA